AUUUAGGUUGAAUCGUCUUUUCAAUGGUUCCCCUCGGCUCUUCUGUGAAGUUCGUUUAUAUGGUUGCUUACGGUAAAAGGGGCAGGAUCAAGCUCACAUGUGCUGUCGGACAUAAUUGCCAUGGCCGCGGAAUCUACCCCUGACUGAGCGCUGGUGGAGCAGACUGGAGCAGGGAUUGCCAAAGUUGUGUCUGGGGUGAAAGUGGAGCUCUGGAGUUUCUUUCAAGAUCAUUUUAUUGCAGCGAGAAAGGCAGUCCAGGAAAGUUCUCCAUGAAUGUACGUCACAAUGAUGAUGACAGACCAGAUUCCGCUGGACCUGCCACCACCACUAUUGAACGGGGAGGUGACCAUGAUGCCGCACAUGAUUAAUGUUAAUGGGGAUGGAUCACAACAGGUGAUCUUCGUGCAAGUCAACCCUGGAGAGACCUUCACUAUCAGAGCAGAGGAUGGAUCCCUGCAAUGCAUUCAAGGGCCCGCAGAGGUUCCGAUGAUGUCACCCAAUGGAUCCAUCCCACCCAUCCAUGUGCCUCCCGGCUACAUCUCCCAGGUGUUGGAGGACAACACAGGGGUCCGGAGAGUGGUGGUCACCCCUCAGUCUCCAGAAUGUUAUCCUCCCAGCUAUUCCCCAGCCAUCUCUCCAACUCAUCACUUACCUCCGUACAUGGCCCCACCACCCUUUAUUCCCAACUCACACACGGCCUUCUACCCACCCGUCAGCCCUGGGGACAUCCCCCCCCACCAGUACUACCAGCAUCAUAUCCCACCCAUGUACAAUGAAGAGAUAAUUCCUGUGUAUGGGAUGAACUACAUUGGGCGAGAUGAGCAGUACAAACCACCACCAAAGAAGAUGAAGGACAGACUGGAGCGUCAGAAUCGGCUCAACAGCCCUCCCUCCAUCUAUAAGAGCAACAUGGCAUGCACCAAUAUGUACAAUGGCUAUGGCAAGGUCCACGGAAAUCUUGGUGGUGGCGGAGGAGGAAGAAGCAGUCCUGGAGCUAAAAAAAACGCCCGUGGAGCUCGGAGUAGCCCCAGGUCCAGUGAGCCAGACUUACAAGAUCACGAUUCAGAAGCAAAGAGAGUUCAGGAUGUUCUCUCGGGAAUGGAAAAACCACAGGUUUUUAAUAUCCAGGCCCGGACAGCGCGACUGACCUGGGCUCCACCAGCAGGCCUCCAGAACAGAGACGGGCACAGUAACGGACACCCGUUAACCUGCAGCUACGAGGUCACUCUCUCAGACAAGGGUCGUAACGGCCAGUACUGCGUCAUCUAUAGUGGAGAGGAGUUGGAAUGCAAUUUAAAAGAUCUCAGACCAGCAACAGACUACCAUGUAAGAGUGAACGCAGUGUGCAAUUCUGUGAAGGGUUUGUGCUCUGAGGUGGGGGCUUUCACCACCCACAGCAGUACCCCAGACUGCCCGCUGCCCCCUAAACUAUCCCACCGCACAAAGAGCACGCUCACCCUGCAGUGGAAGGCACCAGUCGAUAAUGGAUCAAAAAUCACCAGUUACCUUUUAGAGUGGGAUGAGGGCAAAAAGAACAACCUUUUCAGAGAAUGUUACUUCGGAAGCCAAAGGCACUACAAACUCACUCAUCUGUGUCCAGCCAUGGCCUUCACGUUUCGAGUGGCAGCACGCAACGACAUAGGAAUGAGUGGCUUUAGUCCUGAGGUGGUCUUCUACACGACUGGAAGUCUGCCCCACCUGCCCCACGCUCCUCGGCUAGUGCGCGCUGGCAUCACAUGGAUCACGCUGGAGUGGAGCCGACCAGAUGGCUGCACCGCAGAGGAACCCGUCACAUACACGCUGGAGAUCCAGGAGGAGAACAUUGGAACAGAGUUUCACCCAAAGUACACUGGAGAAAACUUGACAUGUACUGUAGAGGGCCUGAAAAGAAGCACGCAGUAUAAAUUCAGGCUCAUAGCCUCGAACUUGGAGGGCAGGAGCAGUCCCAGUGAGGUGCUGGUGUGUAAUACCAGUCCAGACAAACCUGGACCCCCCUCCAGACCCUGCAUCAAGGGCCCUAUCAGACCCUACAGCUUCAGUGUCAAAUGGGAUCCUCCACAAGACAACGGAGGUUCAGAAAUCUUGAAAUACCUCUUAGAGAUUUCAGAAGGAAAUUCUGAUGCAAAUCAGUGGGACAUUGCCUACAGUGGGCCUGCCACAGAGUGUGAGUGUGAGGACUUGAAACCUGGCACGUUGUACAGACUGCGCACCUGCAGCAUCAGCACGGGCGGCCACAGCCAGUGCUCUGAGAGCCUGCCUCUGCGUACGCUAUCUGUUGCUCCAGGACUUUGCCAGCCUCCCAGAAUUGUGGGUAAAGCUAAACACAAAGAAGUGCACUUACAAUGGGACUGUCCCUCCUCUGAGGGGGCAUGUGAGGUGAGUGAGUACAGUUUGGAAAUGAGGGAGGGAGAGUCUGAGCCUGCCGAGGUCUAUCACGGCUCUGAUCUUGAGUGCACUGUGGGCAGUCUGCUCCCCGGCGCCACCUACAGCUUCCGCCUACGUGCUGCCAAUGAGGCAGGGUAUGGGCAAUAUUCUGAACCAACAGAAAUAACAACCGCAGCUGGUCCUCCUAGCCAGUGUGCAGCACCAUCCCUCACCUUAAUGUCCAAUACCUGUGUGCUGGUCAGCUGGGAGAGUCCAGAGAGCUCAGGGGCCGACAUCUCCGAGUACCGUCUGGAGUGGGGCCGAGGGGAAGAGCCCAUGGAGCUGAUCUACUGCGGCCCUGACACGCAGUGUGAGAUCUCAGACCUGACACCUGCUAUUCAUUACUACUGCAGACUACAGGCGGCGAAUCAGGCAGGUGCAGGACCAUGCAGUGAUCAUGUGUGCUGUCAGACCCCCGCCACCGCACCUGACCCGGUCUCAGUGUUGUGUGUACUUGAGCAUGACCCCACAGAAAGUGGCGUCUACACACCUUCCACUUGCCUGGCUUUGAAAUGGGACGAGCCCUGCAACAAUGGAGCGGAGAUCACAUGCUACACUCUUAAACUGGGAGAACAGCUCAUCAGCCUGGGCACCAGCACCUGCUAUGUGCUACAGAACCUACAGCCUGACAGUGAAUACAGUCUGCAGAUUCAGGCAGUGAAUGAGAUUGGUGCCGGUCCCCUCUGCCCUCCCCUGCUGGCCCGCACCAGGCCGCUGCCCCCUGUCCCGCCCCGGCUAGAGUGCACUGCCGCUGGACCCCAGAGCCUCAAACUCAAGUGGGGAGACAGCAGCAAUGCCAAGAGCCUGCUUGGAGAAGAGAUGGUCUUCAACUUGCAGAUGGAGGACAAGAACAGAAGGUUUGUCACAAUCUACAGAGGCCCAAGCCACACAUAUAAGGUACAGAGACUAAAUGAGUCGAGCAGCUACUGUCUCAGGAUUCAAGCUGUGAGCGAGGCAGGAGAGGGCCUUUUCUCUGAAGUACACGCCUUCCAUACGACCAAGUCUGUUCCUCCUGCUCUCAAGGCUCCUAAAGUGGUACAGAUGGAAGGGAAUGUGUGUGAGUUGAGCUGGGAGAGCAUUCCACCAAUGAGAGGAGACCCCAUCUUCUACAUCCUACAGGUGCUGGUGGGCCGAGAGUCUGAUUACAAACAGUUAUAUAAGGGAGAAAACGCAACCUUCCAGAUGUCUGGCCUGCAGAACAACACAGACUAUCGCUUCCGUGUGUACGUGUGUCGCCGGUGUCAGGACAGCACGCAGGAGCUGUGCGGCCCACUCAGCCCAUCCUCGCUCUUCACCCUGCGGCGUACGGAGCUCGCACUACCCGGAGAGCUCAACUCUGCCGAGACCCUGAAGCCCAGCGGCAUGUUCGCCACAGAUGAACGCUUCGCGGCGGUCUUAGUCGGGGCUUUCGCGGCCCUGUCUUUCCUCAUCGCUUUUGUGGUGGAAUACUUCUUCAUGAAGUGAAGAUCGAAAGGAACUCAGAAACAGCAGCCAGCCAAGGAAAAAAACGUUUCGAGAAACACGAACACUUAAAGUAUACAUCCGACGCGAUGUACUGUAGGCUGAGUAGGUUAUGCAGGCUCUCUUCUUGUCUUUCAUCCUCUUUUCUCUCGCUCUCUGAUGCCUUCCAGCCUGCCUGUGCAUCGCUGUGUCGCUCACUCUUUUACAGCGUGGGGAUUUUGCUCUGAACUCCUGGGGGAAGCAAAACCACAUCAUCAAGCCUUACGAAGAGUUGCGCGACGACCUGUUUUUGCAUGCUUCGUUUUUUGUAUCCCUUUAAGUGUAACGUUACGUAUAUGUUGGGAGAAAAAUUUAUUGGUAUUUUCUCCGCAUUCAUGGCCUUACAUUGUUUAUCCAAGUGUGCUCCACAGCAUUUGUUUCACAGCCAUAUAUACGAGUUGUUGGAAUAGCUUUAUCAUGAUGUAAUACCCACGAUCAGUGCCGUUUUUUUUUAUACAUAAUCACGUGAUGUUCACAGUUUGUACGUCACAGUACGCAUCACCACCAUCCUUCUCAGAAACAUGAAAUACUGUUACCGUAGUAAGGCUGUUGUAAAGCCCCCUGCAUUUAAGCUGCCAAAGCAAGUUGCUAUCCAAGUGUGGUUUAAGUGAUGCUGCUAUUGUGUGUUUAUUUUUCCUACGAACGGAAUCAGUUAUGUAAUAUAUAUAAAUAUAAAUCUAUAAGAUUCUAUUGAGCUAUUGUAAUAUAAGUAGCAAUGAGUUUGAAGUAGAUCUCUCUUUUGGAGUGUGUCAGUUCACAAUCUAUGGUGCUUGAUCUGUGGUCAGUAGUGGUGGCGGACGAGGGUGAGGGAAGUUAGACGUGCCACGCGUUCGGUAACAACGCCCUUUGCCACCACACACCCUCUUUCUCUGGCCAUCUAGUCCUGAGGUGCAGUGACACAGGGCUACUUCCUCGCCUUCCUGCCCCCCGAAUGACUUUGGCUAGACUAACGUCGCCCUCUCAGACUGACUUUGGGCUCUGUGUGGUUUCUGUAGAUCCAGGGACCAGCUGAUGGCUGGAGUCACAAUAGCCAGUGCGUAACUGUGAAACCGAAAUAGCCUGUUUCGUCACUCUGUGAAUGGCGUUGGUCCUCGGGACUUCGCCCGUCGUGUUCUGUCUGCGGCCCUUACGUGUCAACGCGUUGAAUGUUUCAUCAUCUUUGAACCCGUGAAAGCCAGUUGGACAUUUCUAAGGUGCUUUAUCAAGGUUAUUGUCAAAAGCAGCAGUGGAUUCCUCCACCCGCUGCGCCAUGCCAAAACAGCCUGAUGUGCUUGCAGUGCAUCUUUAGCCAAGUAAAAGGUACAAACCAGCAGUUCCCAUCGAUCCAAAGAGUUUCUCCCACCUUACACUUGCAGAACAGUUAGGGGGUGUCUAAAAAGGAGAACUACAUGGGGAAGGGUUUCUUCCCCUUUACUGACGGCCUGUAUUGUACCUCAGGGACAUGGACUUUUCAGAGGUGAAGAAGUAGAUACUAUGUUUCUGAGAGGGUGCUGCGAAAACACUAAACGUUGCCGAAUGAUUCCGUUGUAUCUGCCUCUGCAGUUUUAAAUGCAUUUAUUUGAUCUGUUUUCUCACCUAAGCUGUGCCUUGCUCCAGUUGUUCGUAAGCAAAAUAGUUUACUAGCUCAGAAUACCUUUGCCAAA